AUGAAAACCCCGACGAGAACAAUCUGUCCUGUACUAUUAUUACCGAAGGAGCUUGGAGACACCGACGGAAGGUUGCUCUUCUGGGGAGCGGACAUAUGUAAAAUCGGAGGUAUUGCUGGUAAUUUUCCCGGUGGUAAUCCUGGUGGUGGUCGCAGUUGUGAAUGGGGUGUUGACGCUGGAGCUACAAAGUUUGGAGACAUUGUUGAUUGUGUUGACAUCAACAAACAACCAGCUUUUGAACAUCCGUUAUUAGCACAUCAUAAAUUGCAGCUAAAACCCAAUUUUGAAAUAGAAAAAACAAUUGAAAAUAGUUCACAAAUUGAAUUUAUGUUUGGACUUGAGGAGGAGAAUUGUCCAGAAGGAACCGUCCCUAUUCUUAGAACAACGAAAUAUAAUCUUACUCAAGAAAAUUUGAUAUCAAAUGAUCAUAUGUUGGUUCAAGACAUUCCAGGAGUUCAUCUUGCAGAAGUAUCUCUCAAACGACGUUCUGGUCCUUAUUAUAAAGUUAGUGGAAUAAUGAACAUUUAUAAUCCGAAAGUUAAUCAGAAAAGUCAAAUUUCUAUGUCUCAUAUUUGGGUUGAAAAAGGUUCUGUAGACACCACCAACAAAAUCUCUGCAGGAUGGCACGUGCAUCCAGAAUUAAAUAGUGAUUAUGCAACCCAUUUUUAUUCUACAUGGACGUCAGAUAAUUUCAGGAAAACAGGAUGCUACAACGUUAGAUGUCCAGGUUUCGUUCAGACUGACAGAAAUAUUUACCUUGGUUCUCGUUUUCCUCACGUAUCGGUAUACGGUGUAUCAAGUUAUGAGAUUUACAUUUCGAUUACCCAGGAUGCAGAGACAAAAAAUUGGUGGUUAACUUUGGGAGAUAAAAACAUUGGUUAUUUUCCAGCAGCAUUGUUUGUGAACUUGGGUUCAGCAGCCAUAGUAGGAUGGGGUGGGAGAACAAAAGCUAAUAUUGGUAGUCCUAGUCCUCCAAUGGGAUCUGGACAUUUUCCUGAUGGACAUAGUCUCAAUUCAUGUUAUUUUAGAUCAGUAUUUAUUCAAGAUUCAUCAAGAGACAUUUACGGACCUAAACCUGAUCAAACCGUGUCCUUCACUGACAACAGUAAAUGUUAUGGUGUUACUUACUAUGGAGAUCAAAGAGAGUUUGGUGGAAGUGUUCUCCAAUUUGGAGGACCUGGAGGUGAUUGUGGAAAAUAA